AUGCGUGUGUCAACUUUCCUCACCACCGCCCUCGCGGCCACACCCAUCGUUGCCUACCCCGGCAUGAAGAAUACAUUUGCCGAGAUCCGCUCCCGCGCCGAUGUAGACGGUAACGGCGCCGACGACGGUGACUCCAACGAGCUCAUUGGCGACCUUAUCACCCUCGACGACUCCAAGCUCACCGCCGUCGGCAGCAGCGUCAAAAAGCUCCUCACCGGUUUCGAUAAGCCCGAGAGCGACGACGCCUACCCAACCGUCGGAAGAUCUGGCACUCUCGCACCAAAAGGCUCCGCAGCUUGCGCUGCUGACACCUGCUGCAUCUGGAAGUAUAUCGCCAACGAUCUUCAGGGUACCUUCAGAGGCCGGUCCGGCCGUUGCACCGACUUCGCCCGUGCUGCCGUCCGCCUGGGCUUCCACGAUGCUGGCGGUUGGUCCAAGGGUACCGGCAAUCUUGGUGGAGCUGACGGCUCUAUCAUCCUUGCUUCCGAGGAGAUGUCCCGCGGCGAGAACCAUGGUCUUGAGGAGAUCGUUGCCCAGACACAGGUCUGGUUCGACCGGUAUAAGCAGUUCGGAAUCGGAAUGGCCGAUCUCAUUCAGUUCUCGGCAACUGUAGCCACUGUCGUCUGCCCCUUGGGUCCCCGCAUCCGCACAUACGUCGGCCGCAAGGACUCGUCCGUCCCGGCUCCUAACAACCUUCUUCCUCCCGUCACCGGCUCUGCCGAUUUCUUGAUCGAGCUCUUUGAGAACAAGACCAUUAAGCCCCACGGCCUCACCGCACUCAUCGGUGCCCACACCACCAGCCAGCAGCGCUUCGUGGACCCCAGCCGCGCCGGCGACCCGCAAGACAGCACCCCCGGUGUCUGGGACGUCAAGUUCUACAAGGAGACCCUCGGAUCAGCCCCAGCUCGUGUCUUCAAGUUCGCCAGCGAUGUCGUUCUCUCCAAGGAUUCCCGCAUCAGCGCCGAGUUCCAAGCGUUCGCCGGCCAAGGUGGACAGUCUCACUGGAACGAGGACUACGCUCGCGAGUACAUCCGUCUCUCUCUUCUUGGUGUCUUCAACAUCAACGACUUGACUGAGUGCACCAAGGCCCUGCCUCCUCGCACCGGAAGCACCUUCAAUGCUCCCGACCAGGCUGUUUUGGACAAGUGGCUCGCUACCAAGGACCGUCUUAACAACAUUGCCGACCAGCUGAGGAACGGUGGCGACAUCAACGGUAUGAUUGCCUCUGUUAUGAGCUGGCUGAAGGGAGUCUUCCACUUCAGGUGGUAA